UUUUGGUCACGAUCACAUCCCUUCCUCCCCCACUCUCAGAACCGCCUCUUCUUUUCCCUAUUCUCUCUUGCAGACAACAAUGGCGACGAGUUGGUCAGGAGGUCGCUGUCUAGGGUUUUAUCGUCGCCGGCGUCCAAGUUGCUGAGGGCUCGUGCCCACGCCUCCGAAGCUCAAGCCCAGCGGGUGGAGCCCACCGCACGCGACUCCAGCCUUCAGACCUUCCAAAUCUACCGAUGGAACCCCGAGAAUCCUUCCAAGCCUCAGCUUCAGGAGUAUCAGAUCAAUCUCCGGGAGUGUGGGCCCAUGGUUCUCGACGCCUUGAUAAUCAAGAACGAGAUCGAUCCCACCCUCACUUUCCGCAGGUCCUGCCGGGAGGGAAUCUGCGGCUCCUGCGCCAUGAAGAUGUGCUGCAAUGGCUUGGCUUGCUUGACCAAGAUUCCUGCAGGCUCUGAGACCACGAUUACUCCUUUGCCUCAUAUGUUCGUCAUCAAGGAUCUCAUUGUGGAUAUGAAAUUCUACAAUCAGUACAAGAGUAUUGAACCCUUGAAGAGGAAGAACCCGCCCUGUCCUGGUAAGGAGGUACCUCAGAGCAAAGAGGAUAGGGCUAAACUCGAUGGGAUGUACGAGUGCAUAUUGUGUUGCAUAUUGUGUGCGUGCUGUAGCACAUCCUGCCCUAGCUACUGGUGGAACCCCGAGUCGUAUCUGGGCCCCGCAGCUCUGCUCCACGCUAAUAGGUGGAUAAGCGACAGUCGUGAUGAGUACACUCAGGAGCGAUUAGAGGCCAUUAACGAUGAAUUCAAGCUCUAUCGCUGCCACACCAUAUUGAACUGUGCUCGUGCCUGUCCAAAGGGCUUGAACCCUGGAAAGCAAAUCCAAAAUAUCAAAAAGCUGGAGCUGGGAGUUGGCAGAGCUUGAGGUUCUGUUGUUUGAAGCAUCAUGGAGUGUGCAUUGAUAACUGAUUUCGAUUCAAGUUGGGAUGAUACUUUUAGAUUUUAAAAUCCUGCCCAAGUUUUUUUGAGUCUGUUGUGUGAACUUGGGAGUUUUAAGCAAAUAGUGUCCUUAUCUUUGCAAUAAAUGUUGAUAGAGAAUCCUAUCAUGAAACUGGCCGUGGUCAUUCUGCUUAGAAGCUUAAUAUCUCGCCUCUGAAAGUAAAAAGCCGUGAUUGCAUCGCAGUUUGUCUUUAACUCGUGAUACUUAAAUUUAUUUGACUGACUGUUUUAUGAA